CGGAGAUGAGAUGUAGCCUUCCAUGGUGCGCGAUACUCCUGCUUAUCCCUCUUUGUCCGGUGGCGACAGAAGGCCAUAAUAAUUAUGGCAAAAUUUGCGUUUUUGAAUGAAUUAUAGUUGAAUGGUGGAUCAACAAGCAUACACCGUGUGAGGACCGGUUUGCUGGCAAUGACACACCAGAGAGUUUCAAUUUAAAGGACAGCCGAGCAAGCAACGGAGAAAGGGUACAGUUUGCUUCCAAGACAGUCUGCAAGAUGGCUAGUGGCAUGCUAACGUUAGCUAGCAAGCUAAUGUUAGCAUAGUAAACAACAGUUUUCAAAACGUAAUCGAUUGCUUUAUGUCAUUACUGCUAUGAUAAGUGGAAUUAGGUGCAUAUUUGUCACCUCUGACCGUAGAAGGGUAAAUCACAGUGUCGGAUUAAUGUUCCGGUGUUGCGGCUCCUGGGUGAAAUCUCAACGCUGCUAGCUAGCCACAUUGAGUAACGUGGCUAGCUGGUUAGCCAAGGUAGUAACUAGCUUGCGUUUGCUAGCUGGUCGAGUUCUUAGCCACACAUCUGUAAGUGAUCACUUUAGAGAGGGAGGGGGUGCUCUCUAACUUGCUUGUACUGGCAGUCAAGCCAGGUAGCAAGCGACCAGUUUCACUCAGCUAGCAGAAACUGGCUUGCAACAGGACGAACUUGUGCUAAUUAACCUGCUCGGUUUUACCUCACGUUUAUUUGGUGACCAAAUCCCGGCGUGACAGACACCGUGGCCAAAGAUUUGCAGCUGGAAAGGAGUUUGCAGACCUGGGCCGGCGUUGUAAUCUAAUUUAGCUGUUAGUUAAUGCUUAAUGGUAACAUUUUUAGCGUUUCUGACAUGACCUGAAGGCAGAUUUCCACCUAGUCGGCAUUUAGCCUUCAAGACGUCGUCAUUUUUAACUUUUUUUUCUUGCAUAUGAACGGUGAUAUGCCACUUCACCGACAGUCAUAUUAGCUAAUGGCUGCCGAAUCGGGGAGACUACUGGCGGGACAAGGAAAACGAAGCAAAGCUUCACAGAUGAAGAGCCCGGAGAAGAAAAAGGCGAGGAAAUCCACAACUCAGGCGGCGGGGUUCUCCCACCUCACUGAGUUUGCACCCCCUCCUACCCCCAUGGUGGACCAUCUUGUCGCCUCCAACCCGUUUGACGAUGACUUUGGGCCUCCAUCCAGACCAAGUGGGGCAGGCGGACCAGGUAGUGCUCCGUUUAUUCCCAGCCCAGGUGCCGGUGGAGGAGGUGGAUAUGGAGGAGGAGGCAGAAUGGGUGGAGGCAUGAACUUCAUGGGAGGGCCCGGAGGACCAGGCGGCGGCCAGCCCGGACGGAGGCCACCAUUUGGACCCCCAUCCAACGCUGGACCCCACCACCAGCUAGGCUUUGGAGGAAUGCCCGGCUUUGGAGGUGGUGGUGGGGGUGGCGGUAGUGGGGGAGGUGGAGGAGGUGGUGGAUUCCCUCCUGGUGGCCCUUCUCAGUUCAACAUGCCACCGAGCUUCAGUCCACCCAUGCAUCCCGGGCCAGGAUUCAAUCCCAUGUUGUCUCCAGGGGGUAUGGGAGGUCCUGGUGGAGGGGGACCACCCCACCCUCGGUUCGGCAUGCCUCCACAGCAGCAGCACGGACAGGGUGGGCACCCGUUCAACAGUCCUCCAUUACCUGGUGGUGGAGGUCCGAGGGGGCCCUUGCCUCCGAUGGGAGGAGGCAUGGGUCCGGGGAUGAACAUGAUGGGUGGGGGCCCCGGCGGCAACAUGGUGGGAGCGCUGCCAGGCAUGCCUCCUCAAGGACAGUUCCCUCCCUCACAGGAUGGCCCCUACCCCGGCCCCAGUCCCCCAGGACCAGGCAACGAGGAUGGAAAGAACUUUGGUGGAGGGGGGGCACCACCUGGGCCUCAGCAGCAACAACAGCAGCAGCAACAGCAGCUUAAUCUAAAUCCAAAUGGCCCUCCACCUAAUAACACUACUCCCGGCCCCCCUCCUAACUCCGGCCCUCCACAGCCUGGUGGAGGAUUCCCCGGCCACCCUGACGUCCAGCAACCCAACGCCAACACACCUGGUCAGCCUCCGUCAGCACCACCACAGCCUAACCCCAACUCUUCUCCGACUGGUCCUCUGAAUGGAUCAGGCCAGCCCCAGCAUCCACCACCCAGCCAGCUACAGCCCCCCAGCAACACAAACACCCCCAAUUCUAACAACUCUACCCAGCAGCAGCAGCAACAAUCCACUCCGCCUAACUCUGCACCGGGCUCCACCCCUUACAACCAACAGAACAACACUCCUGGUGCCGGUGGUCCCAUGCCAAAUGCUGCCACCAAUUCAGGUCAGAACAACAUGACCAACAACAACGGAGGCAACACCCCCGGCAGCAACCCCAACCCACCCUCCAACUCCACCUCGACUCCCAACACUCAGUCUCCGCUGCCUCCGGGCCCUGCUGCACCCUCAACCGGCCCCGGGUCCGGCCCUGGAAAACUCGGUGGCCCCGGGAUGGUCUUCCCUUGUGGCCUCUGCAUGGCGGAGGUGCACGACGACCAAGACGCCAUCCUCUGCGAGGCGUCCUGCCAGCGCUGGUUCCACCGGGACUGCACGGGCCUGACAGAACCGGCGUACGGGCUGCUGACUCGAGAGAGCGCUGCUGUUUGGGCUUGUGACUUCUGCAUCAAGACCAAGGACAUCCAGGCGGUGUUUGUGCGCCAGGGGUUAGGCCAGCUGGUGGCAGCUAACGAGAGUUGAGGAGGGUGUGAGGAAGAGCAGCGUUGAGGUGUGGCGCGUACGGACAAACAGACUCUGAUUGAACUGAGUGGCCUGUGUGUCAUGUCAGCUACUUGCCCAACUUUGUCUUGACUAGCCCUUUACUUGUUCACUACACAGAGAAACACGCUCAUUGACUUUCAUGCUUAUGUAUAGCACUUUGAGUGACUCUAGGCAAAUGAUCCCCCCCUCGCCUCCCCAUUCUCUCCCAAUAGGAGUCAAACAACGAUGAAUGUUAAACUUACACGGUCCUUCAGAUAUCUAGCCUGCCAACCAGCAAAGCACUGACACCAACACACUACCUCACACAGUUUGACUGACUGGCACGGAAGCUCCCGCACUGACCGACUGUGAUCGACUCGCUACCCUCAUGUGUCACGUGUGUGUGGUAUUACUUCACACACUCACAAAUUCACAUUUAAAUCAAAGAAAAAAAUACAAAUUGGAAGAAAAAUUCCAAGAGUACCUUAAAGAGUCCCAUUCAUUGAUUUCCAGCUUGAUGUGCUCCCACAACGCUUCAGUCUAGCACUGCCCUGUCAUGUUGUUCCUGCAAGCAAGUGAGAGAAAAAUGAAAAAAACCCGUCACCAUUUUCUAAUAUAGAAAUCUCAGUAUCAAAUGUAUUGUGAAGCAUAAAUGCCAGCUGGGCUAAGAAUCAGCUUUUAAGUUCUUUUUACAAUCCCUGCACCUCCACACAUGCACACACACACACACACACACACACACUUUGACUCUUGUAUGAUUUUGUAUCCAGUGCUGAUUAAUCCAAAGGAGACCAGGGCUGAGAUUUUAUCCACACCUCACAGAGAGGAUCUUACACCGAAACAGUUGUAAAUAUCAAGACAAAACUUUUUGUCUGUAACUUCCAUCUGUCGUGAACACGCCACAGAGUCAACCAAUGAACAAAAGCGAUGAUUUGAACCUAUGUGUCUUGGUUGUAUACGGUAUGACGUUUUUGGUUUUUAUACAGUACAUUUGAGUCCACCGUUUCUUUUUAUCUCUGCAGAAUUGUGAAAUCAGUGCUUUUGGAUGGUGUUGGCAUAGCAAGUAGUGACAUCAUGUCAUAUCAGAUGUGCAUAGUACUUUUUAAAAAAGAGGAGGAAAAAAAAAAUCACAGAAAAAACCUGGGGAGGGGGGUGCAUGUGAACCAAUGCAGUAACUGUCUGAUCUGUUGAUGUUUAUAUUCUGGUUUCUGCACCGCAAGAGACCUUGAAGUAGACCAAAUAACUAAAGAGCGAAAAAAAAGCCCAUUUUUUUUUCCCAUUUCUGUCGCGGUAUGAGGUGUUUAUAACUAUUCUUCCCUCUUCUCUUUCCUCAUUUUUCUUUACUCAAUGUCCAAGUUGCCUUUCUUUUCUUGCUCUCAGCUGUUCCUUUUGAUUUUGUACUGGUAUUUGUGCUGUGCUCUUGCUCUGCUCUGGUGCCUCCUGGUGGAACCCGGAGGAACCUGUGAUCCCCACAUCGGGUGGGGAAGGGAAAGGUACUGAACUCUGAAGUAAAGACAGACUUUUUUUUGUACACGUCCAUGUCUCUUUUUAUUCCCAUUUUUUAAAAGAUUUGUUUGCUUAUCGUUGUAUUAAAAUGAGGGUUGGGAAAACCCGUUGAAACAGA